AUGACCCCGAGUUCUAGUUCUUUGGCUCUAAAUCCAGGUGUAGAAUCGAGGUCUGAGGCUGGUUCUAAUAUGCGUUCGAAAGCUUUAACAGUGCGGAGAAGUGCACGAUUGUCAGCAAAGCUGGGUACAGGUGAUGACCUGGAAAAUACUGAGAUUACGAGUAAGAAAAGGAAGAAAGUAAAGACCGAACUUGAGAACAAUCGUAGUGAGGGUGUAAUGGAGGUGUCAGUGGAUCAAGUCGAGUUUGUCAGAGGUUUGGGUGAAUCUGGAUUUGGUUGUGAUGGAGAAACUUUGGGGAUUCAGACUGUCAAUAAUGAGAAAAGGAAGAUGACGUAUAGCAUGGAGAUGGAGUUAUCUCUUUUGAAGUCGGAUAACGAGGAUGGGGAAGAAAAAGGGUUCCUUAACUUGGGUUGUGGUAAAGACAGUGAUAUUUUGUUGAAUAGCGACGAUUUUAAGACUGACUCGGAGAGAAACAUGGAAGAGGAUGUAUGUAGUAGUUGGAAGAAGAAGAGACUUAAUAGAGGAGAGAAAGGGAAAUGGAAAGGGAAAGGGAAAGGAAAAGGGAAAGGGAAAGUGGUUCGUAAAACUUUGCUGACAAGUAAUGCUGUUUCAGUUAGAUUGGAAGUAGACAAAGAAGUAGGGCUGUUAAUUGAUGAUUCAAGCUCCAGGUUACGAAGAAGUUUAGAUGGUAUAGAUGCAUUGGAUCAGAGGUUUAAGGUCAGGGUAGAAUACAGAACUGAAAAUGCUCUUACAGGUACCAUCCACUUACCAGAAAAUGCGGCGUUGGUAGAUGUGAAUAUUGUCAGAGAAACAGAUGCAAGAAGUUAUAAGAAACGGGCAGAACAGACGGGUGGGCAGAAAUAUGUACAAAGAGAUAUCAACUCAGAUUCCGACGAUGAGGAAGAAGAUGCAAAUUUGAAUGUAAGAAAUCGUGGAGUUCCAGCAAGAAGGGAGACGCGCCCUAUUACCCAGCCCCACGUCGACCCAGGUGUGGGGGAAGGACUCCGGCCUCUUGCAGAUAAUCGACUUCGGCAGCAGAACCCAGAAAUCCAUGAUCAAGUUGCCUGGCGCGCGAACCCAGUCGCGAAUCGCGACCCUUGCGAGGCUGCCCCUCUACGGUUCUACGAGCGAAGAAACAGGCGAGAUGAAGGUAACCUCCGGCGAAAGGUUCCAAUCGGCGGCGACGAGGAGCUCAGUGACCGACCGCGAGCUCCGACGAAAAAUCUUGAGCGAGAGGCAGAGACGCGAUUUAAUUUCAGGGAAGGAAUCAAUUUUGACCCACACAAUUUUGACCGUGGUUACAAUGUUGACCGAGGAGUUAAUUUUGAUCGAGGUCCUAAUUUUCAGCCGAGGGAUAGAGGCUUUCAACAAAGAAGGCCACGGGGUUUCGAUUAUUCAUCCGAAGAAGAAGAUAAUUUUCGACCAAGGGCUAAUAAUCGGGUGGAAACUGUCAGGCUGAUUUACUAUUGUCAAAACAUAUCCUUUGUUCAAUGGCUUCUCUUUCAAUGUGGAUGUUGUGUGCCUGACUAUGCUAUCUCUGCUACCUUGGCUCGUUCACUUAAUAGUCUUCCUGUUCUGACUACAGUAUCUUUGAAGGGUGCAUACCGUCUUUCAGAUUCCGGGCUUAGUGCACUUGUUUCUUCUGCCUCAUCUAUCACAUCCAUUAAUCUCGUCCAGUGUUCCUUGCUUACCUCUGAUGGCAUUUGUGCAUUGCUAAAGCUAGAGAAUCUUGAAGUUCUAUCACUAGGUGGAAUCCAAACUGUUCGCGAUAAGUUUAUCAGUGUAAUUGUAUCUGUACAUGGUUGUAGGAUCAAAGAGCUUUGUUUAGCAGGCUGCAUGCAGUUGUCUGAUUUACCUUUGAAAGUCACUGUAGCGACUUGUUCAGAAUUACAAGUGAUAGACCCUUCUGCAUAA